AUGAGCGACAACGCGGAACCCAAAGUUCACUCCCUCGACGAUAUUUUAAUUCGACCCGUUACGGCUGAUGAUCUUGACGCGAUCGUAGAGAUCGUAAUCAAAGCAUUCCCAUUCGAUGAACAGUUUGCCUAUCGAUACCCCUACCGCAAACAAUACCCCGAGGAACACUAUAAAUAUACACGACUGUACUAUGCCGAGUACCUCAAUACUACCCUGGCAGGACAAAACACCAUCAUGCUGGCGACCGCUCCCGAUUUGAAGAACCCGAAAGAAACAAAGGUUAUUUCUUUAAGCAUCUGGGAUAAUCCCGGGAAUCGAGCACCGGACCCUGAUAUUCCAGCCGUCGCUCCUCCCAAAAAUCACCCAGAGAGGAAAGACUGCAAUCCUGCACGGCUGAAGGCUUACUCUGAGGCCACCAUGAAGGCUCGAAAGGACAUUUUCGUUUCCAGAUUUGGAGAAAGACAGCUUUCGCUACGACAGAUGGCAACACUUCCAGAUUAUUGGAAAAGAGGUGCUGCUUCCAAGCUGCUAAGCUGGGGCAUGGAGAGAGCUCGAAACGAAGGCGUAGCUAUCCCCAUGUUCGCUGGGAAUAUGGGAAAGCUUCUCUAUGCGAAGUUCGGAUUCAAAGAGCUGGGUCGGGUUAAGAUUCAGGCUCCGGGCGAAUCGGAGGUUAUUUAUGAGAUUGCCAUGGCUUGGGACCCCCGCGACGAAUCCGGCGAGGUUGGCAAGGGCAGUGGGCGUGAUUGA